AUGGGCUCGAUCUAUCGGUCGGAGCACAUGAAAUUGUGCCAAAUCUUCUUCCAGUCCGAGUCCGCCUAUCAGUGUGUCGCCGAGUUGGGAGAACUCGGAUUGGCGCAGUUUAUCGAUCUGAACGAGGAGCAGAACUCGUACUCGAGGAAGUUUGUCAAUGAAGUUCGACGGUGCGACGAGAUGGAGAGGAAGAUCAGUGAGUGUUCUAGACGUGACUCACUCAAUUGACCCUCUUCCAGCGUUCGUCGAAGAGGAGAUCAACAAGGACCUGGUCCCAAUCCCGGACUACGAUGACCACAUUCCGGCGCCACAGCCAAAACACAUGGGAGAAAUGGAGGCGAAUCUGGAGAAGUUGGAAGAAGAACUGCUGCAAAUCAACAAGAACACGAAAGUGCUCAAGACGAACCACGUGCAACUGCUCGAAAUGAAAGCCGUUCUGGAGCACGUGACGAGUUUGCUCGACUCGCAGAGCAAGAGAGAAGCGGCCCUCUCGAUUUCGGAAGCGGCCAGAGGAGAGGCCGGUCCGUUCACGGUCGGACUGAAGCAGGAGUACGAGAAACCGGUCAGGGAUGAGAACGAACUCAAGUGAGUGAUGAGUGAACGAUGCACCAUGUUUGAAAGCGUGUAUCUCAAAGAGAAGACGUUUUGGUGAAACAGUAUCAACUGAAAAGUUGUUGGAAAUUGUAUGCUGAACAACUUUGUAGUUGACAAUAUUUUACCAAAACGUCUUCUUUUCGAGUUAUGAGUGACCGAUGCACCAUAUAGUAGUUCUAAAUCUCGAUGCACCAUAAAUCUAUUUUGCAGGUUCGUGACGGGAGUGAUCAAGCGCGCCAAAUCGAUCGCAUUCGAGCGCUUUCUGUGGCGUCUUUCUCGCGCCAAAGUCUUCGCCAAAUUCGUGCCGAUCGCCGAGAAGACCGACGUGUUCUCGCACGACUUCGAGGACAAGUCCGUCUUCAUUCUCUUCUUCUCCGGAGAGCAACUGCGCGCCAAAGUCAAAAAGAUCUGCGACGGCUUUCAGGCGAAGGUGUACACGGUGCCGGAGAACCCGGCGGAGCGUACGAAGCUGCUGAACAACAUCAAGAUCCAGGCGCACGACAUGAAGGCGGUCAUCGAGAAGACUCUCGACUACCGUAGCAAGUGCAUUGCGACCGCCGCGCUCAACCUCCGCAAAUGGGGCAUCAUGUUGCUGAAGCUGAAGAGCAUCUUCCACACCCUCAACAUGUUCUCCGUCGACGUGACGCAAAAGUGUCUGAUUGCCGAGUGCUGGGUGCCUGAGGCCGACAUUGUGCUCAUCAAAAACUCGCUUCACAUGGGCACCAUUCACUCCGGCUCCACGGUGCCCGCAAUUCUCAACGAGAUGGAGACGCACAAAUACCCGCCGACGUACUUUAAGCUCAACAAGUUCACGCAGGGCUUUCAGAACAUUGUCGACGCGUACGGAAUCGCCAACUACCGUGAGGUCAAUCCGGCGCCGUGGACCAUCAUCUCGUUCCCGUUCCUGUUCGCCGUCAUGUUCGGAGACGCCGGCCACGGAAUCAUCAUGCUGCUCGCCGCCGCCGCGUUCGUCUUCUACGAGAAGAAGCUGAUCUCGAUGAAGAUCAAGGACGAGAUCUUCAACACGUUCUUCGGCGGCCGCUACGUCAUCCUGCUGAUGGGCGUGUUCGCCAUCUACACCGGCUUCAUCUACAACGACUUCUACUCCAAAUCCAUCAACAUUUUCGGCUCGAGCUGGGUGAAUCCGUACACGCCGGAGCUGCUCGCCGCGAUGGACGAGCAGGGCGCGAUUGCCGGCACCGAGUUGGAUCUGACGUUCGCGCCCGAAGACGCCUUUCUCCACGACUACGGACCGUAUCCGUUCGGAGUGGAUCCCGUUUGGAAUGUGGCCAAGAACCGGCUCAACUUUUUGAAUCCGAUGAAAAUGAAGACGUCGAUUCUGCUCGGCAUCUCGCAAAUGGCCUUUGGUAUUCUUCUCUCGCUCAUGAAUCAUCUGUAAGUGGCCUAGUCACCCCGGCCUACUCGUUCUUUUCAGCGGAAACCGUUCGGUGGUCGACGUCGUGUUCGUGUUCAUUCCGCAAUGUCUGUUCCUCGGCUGCAUCUUCGUCUACCUCUGUCUGCAAGUGCUCGUCAAAUGGAUCUUCUUCUGGGUCAAACCCGCCUACAUCUUCGGCCGCCUCUACCCGGGCUCCAACUGCGCGCCGUCGCUCCUCAUCGGCCUCAUCAACAUGUUCAUGGUGAAAAGCCGAGACAACGGAUUCGCCUACGACGUCGGCGCCUCGACCGCCAAGGAAUGGGUCGAGGUGGACGGCAAGAACGUGACGUACACCAUCUACGAUCAGUGCUACCUCCAGCAGUGGUAUCCGAAUCAGAGCCUCGUCGAGGUCAUCCUCCUCCUCAUCGCCGUCUUCUCUGUGCCCGUUAUGCUGCUCGUCAAGCCGUUCUACAUCCGCUGGCGCCACUCGAAGGGACUUCCCGUCGACCUGGGACACGGUCCCGACGACGAUCACGGCGAGUUCAACUUUGGCGACGUCAUGGUGCAUCAGGCGAUUCACACGAUCGAGUUUGUGCUCGGAUGCGUCUCCCACACUGCUUCCUACCUUCGUCUUUGGGCUCUCUCGCUUGCUCACGCUCGUAAGUUUGAUCUAGAGACUUAGAGCCCCUUGGACCAACUCCUAACUCAUUUGCAGAACUCUCCGACGUGCUGUGGACCAUGGUGCUGAACAUUGCGCUUUCGAUGGGCGGCUGGGCCGGUUCCGCCGCCAUCACCAUCGUCUUCUACUUGUUCUUCUCGAUCCUCUCCGUGUGCAUCCUCAUCCUCAUGGAGGGUCUUUCCGCGUUCCUCCACGCCAUCCGUCUCCACUGGGUCGAGUUCCAAUCGAAGUUCUACGGCGGCACGGGCAUCCAGUUCGAGCCGUUCAGCUUCACCAAAAUCAUUCGCGUCUACGAGGGACUCGAUCAGUGA